AAUGGAAAAUUCCUCUUGGGAAAAAACUGCCGAUGAAACAAACGAUGAAAAUUGCAAGACUACUGUUUUAGGAUAUUCCAGAUCUCUAACAACUUUGCCCAAUACAGACAGGCAAUACCGAUUUUUCGACGAUGCCUUAUUUCGAGAUGUUUUAACUGUCGAUGAUAUCUCUGUAAAAUUAAUUCAAAUACCAGAAAAAGUUUUGAAUUUAAGACCUGGAUCGGCUACUUUCUUAGAAGAUUCAAAUUCAUCUACUAUUUAUGAAAAUGACCUUAAGCGAUCUCUAUUUUUUGCUUUGCAAAAUGUUCCUCUUCGCGAAAAUGAUAACUUUGUUGCUUUGGAUAUACCUCCUCUUGAAGAUAAGCGUUUCGUUGGAUUUCCUUUCGAAUUCCCGUAUGAGAGCUCUUCUACACCAGAUGCCGGCUUUCAUUCUCAAGAUGACGAAGAGUUUGAAACUUUACUACCUCAAGUCACAAAAACAAUGAAACCCUUUCUAUCAGAGAGUGAACCAGAUGACAUAAUAUGCUCAUACAAACGUUACCUAUCCAUGCUGAGAUAUCUGAAUAAAAAGUCCUCUAUAUAUUCUCCUGAUAUCCUGACUGAUGUUGAAACAUUGACGUUCGCUUUGCAGCAUAGUUUAUUAGGUUUACCAUCCGCUCUUGUCGAUAUGGAAAAUAAUCAAUUGACAUUAAAAGAAGGAGUACGUGUAAAAUCAUUUUCUCAAGAGGCAAUUUUAUCGCUAGCUCAGGAGUUUCUUGAUCAUGGCAACCUCUAUUUGGAUUUACAGUAUUGGGAUCCUACGAAUAUUAUGCAAAAGACUUUACAAAAUGGUGUACAGAGAUUUUUAAAAAGGUACUCAAAAUUUAUAUUAUCUUUGACCUGCAAACGUCCAAUCGAACUACUAGCCACUGUAAAAAAUGAAACCGCAAGCUUAAGAUUUAUACACGACCUUUGCGGAACAAGAGAAUUUAGUGGAAGAGGUCUAGUUAAUGACAUUUAUAACAAGAGUUUAAGAUGUUCAUCGAUAGAUGAAGAAAUUAUUUGUCAACACUUACUUAAGGCAACUAGUUCACCAUUUACCAAAGCUUUAUACAAGUGGAUUGAAAAUGGUAUUAGUGAUGAUUUAUUUGUCUACGUCAAUCACUCAUUCAGUUCAGAAUCAAAUAGAAGCUACUGGUUGAAAGCAUACGAACCAGUUGAAAUAUUCCCCAUUAUUGAUAAAGAAACUUAUAAAAUGGCUUUAAUAUGUGGAAAAUCUAUAAAUUUACUUAGACGACUGCAACCUGAUCAUCCAUUUUUACAAAUCUCAUCAGGACCUUCUUCUCUCCCUCGUUUAUUUUUAACAUUUGACUAUUAUUCCUUAAAUAAGAUUGAGUAUCACUUGAAUGUUUAUGAAUCUAACGUUAGAGCUAUACUAGCUGCUGAUAAAAUGAAGAGGGAAGCAAUAUUUCGUAAAAAGAGAAUUUCUAAAAGAGAUUUAGUAGUUAGAGCUAGAAAAACUGCUUUAGAAAGAACAAAAGCUUUUGAGGAGAAUAAACGAAAGCGUCUAUUAAAAAUAGCUGAAGAUAAAAAAAUAUUGCUUCAAAAUUUUAAAGAGCAAAUGGAUAAUGAAGUUGCCCGAAAGCAAGAAAUGAAAAAACUUGAAAAAGAGAGAGAUUUACAAAUAUUAGAGGAAAGUAGGCAACUGGAAGAAGAGCAGUUAAAGGCAUCCAAAGAAGAAAUGGAAAAUCAAUAUUCAAAAUUAUACGCUCAAGCUGAAAGACGGGAGAGAAGAGCUAUAUGGCGUCUACAAAGACUUAAAUUACAUGAUCAGCGAAUUAAAUUGCAUUUUGAGGAGGAUGAACUAUAUAAAACUAUACUAAAAGAAUUAGGAGUUAAGAAAGAAGCUGCCCCUAUUGAUUUAAAAAAUUUUGAGGCUGCUAAAAUUCCUGUAGCCUUUAGGGAUACAGUUUCUUCUUUGAUUAAUGCGGAACCUGUUAAAGUUUAUCCGGCUCCCUCGUCGAGUGAGAAAGUUACCUCUCAAUCCCAAGAUGAAGUUUUGGAAAAAAUGGCAUUUAAGCCCAAGAAAAUCUUGCCUCAUGAUACUGCAGGUGAUAUUAUUUAUAAUGAAAUUCAAGAAAUUGAAGAAUUUAAACGAACAACAAAAGCCGUUGAUGGCCAACAUCCUAAUAAAGAAAGUGAAGUAUCUGAAAAAUCGAUAGAAUCCUCUGUCCGCUCUAUUCCUAAUAGUCAUGUCAGCCAAGAGUCUAAGAACACUGAAGAGGAAAAGAAAACUGUUAAAAGUGUUGCUGGUCAUCACAUGACUAUGGAGAGUCAAACCCCGGAAGAAUCUUCUCUUCCCUGUAGAAAGAUAGUUGCAGGUAGAAACAUUCAUGAAGAAUCAUCAGAAGUAUCAUCAAAAUCAACAAUAAAAAUUUCCAAUAUGAAAUCGACCACUGAAUCAAAGCCAGAAGUAGUCAAACCUCCUCGAAAAUCUUUUUUUGGACAUGUUUCGGAUCUAUCUAAAGCUGAUUAUACUUAUGAUAUACCGAAACUAAAAAGACCUGUAAAUUUAAAUGCCAUAAAGGAGACAGUCUCCAUGGAUAGAUUUAUUCCAAAAAGGAAAACUGUUUCCAGUCAUUCGGUUGGCGAUCAAACGAAAGAAACUGAAACUCGUCACCACAUUAAAUUAUACGCUGACAAACAUGCAUCGAUAGAAUCUGAGCUAAUUGAUACAGAUGCUAGAAGAUUAGAAGUUUUUAAGUUAAAGAAUAGAAGAGGCCAUUCUUCGAAUUCAACUAUACAAAAUCUAUUAUAUUUUGAUAAAAAGACCAAAACUGAUGAACGAAAGCAGACUAGAACGAUAAAAACGGAAGAAGAAAUAAUAUUCGAAUAUGGAAUAUGGAAUAGCUUAGAUAGAAUUAAAUGGGAAAGUCCACUUUAUAGAUGCCAGCAAUAUAUGCCACCGGAAUUAUAUAUACCUGGCCAACCGAAUAAUCGAGAAGAUAGCGAUAAUUCAGAAAAUGAGAUAUUUUCCGAAAACAAUCUAGUUGUAUCCGUCACAUCUGCCGUUUCCAGAUGCUUAGCUACUCCUAUCCUCCUACAAAAAUCUCUCAUUGAUAAUGCUCUCCUCAGUUAUUUUAUUUAUGAGUUAGAAUUUGAUAAACAUAUUAAAACUGUUAGGGAUUUUGUAUUAUUUUGCGAUGGAGCUUUCGCCCAUCAAUUAGCCCAUCAGCUUGCCUCUAGUAUGGAUGAUUAUGACAAUUAUAAAGGAGUUGGAAGUAUUCUUCAUCCGUAUUUCUUGAAGGAAAUACGAAAUAAGUCUCUUACAGCCGCUGUCUCAAAAAGAACGUCGGUAGCAUCUGAAUUCGUUGAUUUUCUAGUGACGGAAGAGGAAGAUAUAAAUGACAAAGGCUCAAAUGUAGUAAAACGAUUAUCUCUAUCUUAUAAUGCAACUUGGCCAUUGAAUAUUAUUUUUAGUGCUGAUUUAAUGCAAAAAUGUAGCAUAUUAUCAAAUUUUCUACUUCAGCUACGUUACGUGGUAAUAAUUGGUCAUUCGGUUUGGCUCAAAUGUACAGAUCUUAGAAUGAGAGAAGGUGCUAAUGAAAUGUGCCAUUGGACACGAGUUUUAUUAGAUUAUGUAUCAAUGCAAGUGCAUUCAGCCGCCUGGAAGUUAUGGAGAACAAAACGUAAUGCUGUAAAAAAUCUAGACAAUCUACAUGAUUCUCUUUCUUCCUACGUAAAGUCUUGCUUAAGAAGAUGUCUUCUAAAUGAAAAAGCCCGUCCAGUUCAGGCUAUAAUACAAAAGAUGCUUUCGGUUUUAUGCGACGUCUAUAAUCUAUUAGAUAAGGAGAACUCUGAUGGUGAAAUUUUAAAAUGUAUGCAGCUCUUCCACGGUCAUGCAGUUUUCCUAUUUAAAGUUAUCAAGCAACUAUCUGUUCGAGGUUAUCAAACUCAUCUCAACGAACUACUUCUUCGGCUCAAUUUCAAUGAAUUCUAUAAGAGUAAAGGAAAAUAG